AUUUUAUAAAUAUAACGAAACGGCACGCGACCGGCGACGCGACGAGAACGACGUACGCGCAGUACGCACGACGACUUCGCAAAUGACAGUCGCAAAUUAGAAAAAAAAAAACAUCAAGCAAACAAACAAACAAAACAUAGCAGAAUACGUUUUAAUUAAUCGAUUGCUUGUUGUUUUUUUUUUACGUAAAUUAAUAUUAUAUUAAAAGAAGAGUCCUUAAUAUCCAAGCAGGACGAAACAUAGCUCGCAUUUAAAUUUGUGAUAAAUUUGUAAUGCCUGAGAACGAUACGACGGAGGAAAAGGAGUGGGUGAGAGGACCAGAGCACCUAGGCUCAGUAUGGUCGAGGAUAGCUCGAGCUAUUUACAAUCCUAAAGAAAGGAGCUUCUUGGGACGAACAGCCAAACGAUGGGGUAUCGUACUAGUAUUCUACUUGGUAUUUUACGCGGCGCUGGCGCUUCUAUUCGGCAUCUGCAUGGCGGGUCUGGUGUACCACAUUGAUGCUACCACACCAACAUACACGCUUGACCGAUCCUUAAUAGGUUCGAAUCCAGGAGUGACCUACAGACCUAGACCAAAUGACGGCAUCAAAAUCAGCAUCGACAUAAACAAUUUCACUGAAACAAAUGCGAUUUUAAAAGAUCUCGACGAGUUUUUUCAGCCUUACUUAAUGGAUAGCAGUUACAAAUCGGAAAAUGGUUGCAAAUCUGACGACAAUUACGGGUAUCCCGACACGCCGUGCCUUUUCAUAAAAAUCAAUAAGAUAUAUGGUUGGACACCGGUUUAUUACGAGAGCACAGAUUUGCCAGCAGACAUGCCGGAAGACUUAGUGGAGCAUAUCAAAGGAUUAGAUGCGAACGAGACUAAACGAGUAUGGAUAUCGUGUUUAGAAGAGAAAGAUAAUGGCACUACCAUAGAAUAUCCUUGGGGUCAAGGAAUCCAGGGGAGCUCCUUCCCAUUUUUGAACAAGGAAGGGCAGACGAGUCCUGUUGUAGCAGUGAGGAUCACUCCCCCAGUGGGAAAGCUGAUCGCGUUAAGAUGCCGCGCGUGGGCAAAGAAUAUCCAAUACCGCUUUAGCAUCAAGGACUUCUCCGGAUACACACCCAUCCAGGUGGAAGUGGAAAACUCAGCCAACGUGACCGUCUAACUCUAUUAUAUACACAUCUUAUAUACAUAUAUUAUAUAUAGAUAAGAUAGAUCAUAGAUAAAGUUUAAGUUAUUCCUUAUGUAAUGUGUACCGCGGACUGGCGGUAUUAUUCUUGUAAAUACGUCCAUGUGAGUGCUGGCCGUGCGCACAAAUAUAACUUACAAAAAUAAUGUCAUAUUAGUUCUUCAAGCAACAUUGCGAUUGUCUUUCGCCUACUUAAUGCAAUACCACUUCAUAGUCAUUGAGAAUUGGUUGAAGGAAAUUCAAUAGCCGAAGAACCAAUGCAGGAUAAUAAUAUUAUACAGGAAUACAUCCCUUAUCCUAUUAGAAAUUCAUUUUUAAUAGGCACAUUUUAAACCUGAUACAUUUUAAGGGUGGGAUAGCCCUUGUAACUAUACUGAGAAAUUAGAAUUUAUAUCUCAAACUGGGUGGCGCAUUUACGUUGUAGAUGUCUAUGGGCUUCAGUUACCACUUAAAACCAGGUGUGCUGUGAGCUCGUCCACCCAUCUAAGCAAUAAGAAAAAACCCAGCAGGAUGUUGGUAAAUGUGAAUGAACUGGUACCUAAAUUAGUCGUCCUGAGCUAGGAAGACGUUCAGUGCGAAUAUAUAACUAAGUAUAAUAAAUAAUUCUGGACUCUACCAUGAUCAGGAUGGCUCUGGCCACAAGAACCAAAACUAUUUUGGACUUCAUUAAAUUAGUUGUGCCUUAAACUUUCGACCACAACUUUACAUAGGAUCUAUGUAUAAUACCAGAUGUAUAUGCAAAGUAGAGAACAAAUUGUAUGUAUAAUUGUGUACUGUUUUUUAAUAUGCUUUACUAUAAUGCGAUUAUGUAUCUUGUAAGUACCUAAAGUUUUUUGCUAAUGCACAAUAGGUUAGGUUCUGAGAAUAGGUACUUAUUUGAGUUUGCACCGUACUUUCAAUUACUUUCAAUAUAUUUUUAGAAUUAAGUACAUACCGUAAGUAUAUUUGAAUGUUUUAAAACAGACACUUGUUACUAAAGAUAUUGUUACGCGCUGGGGUUCGGGAUAAAUAAAAAAGUUCCACCAAAGUACAACUAAAAACUGUAUUCAACAAUUAGAACACUUAAAACACUCAACAAACACUUUAAAAUUCUCAAUCUGCUUCGCUUCAGGUGAUCCGUUCGCUGUUUCGCUUCGAGUAGUUCCGAUUGCUAACUGACUGCGUGCCAUACGCAAUGCUUUUAUAGUCGAGACGAAAUCCCUAGAAUCGUCGAGAAUGUUCCACAAAUCUAAUAUUGUUGUUUCCGCUAUCUGACAAUAGAUGGCGUUGUACUUCUCGAGCGUUCUAGAUACUACUAGAUCCUUCGGUAUUCGUUCGAUCGUUGGCGAUAGAUAGCGUUACUCUUACCGGCGUAACAAUAUCGUUGUCACUAAAAACACCCAUGUUAUUUUCAAUAAAGACAAUGAUUAUCAAGAAAUCAAAGACCGAAAUUGAACGGUUUAGAGCAGCUUAAAGCUAAUUUCUUUUCUGACUCAAUUUAUUCUAAUCGAGACUUACGCAGUGGCGCAGUGGUUACCGACCGAAACUGCUGUGUCGAGGUUUCGUCGAGCAAACAUUUCUGUGAAGGGCAGGUUUGUUUGCUCUAUUUCUGUGCUUAGUAUAUUUUUUUGUGUUUAUAUAUUAUACUUAAACGUAUAUCUGUAUGUAUAUCAAUCAGUCUCAUGUUUUUAUAGUCCAUGGAAUCAUAGUUAGUUUGGGGCCAGAUGACCGCGCAUACCUUGUUUUUUUUCGCUUGUCUUUGAUUGGUACUUUCCAAUUUGUAAUUUGUAAUCACCUUUACUGGUUGUAGAGCGUAUUGUAACCUAAGCGGGUAAGUAUCACCAUUUUACCGCAAAACAGCUAUGCGUUCAAGUUAGAAGAGUGAGCAAUCAUAUAUAAUACAAUAGAUAUUACAACCUCAUGUCUGACAGUGGGUGGCGGCACAAUAACAAGAAAUACCAUGCUAACAGGCUACUAAUUAUGAGCACCCGUAAAUAUUCAUCACACAUAUUGAAACUUUCAGAAAGAAAAGAAAAAUCUCCUUCUACAGACAAAGAUGGUAGAUAGUACGGCUGUGCUUAUUGCACCAUGUUGGAGAUGGCAAAUUUUUUUUUUUUUUUCCAUUGUGGUCAGACGAGAUUACGGCACCUGAAGGUGAGUGAUUACCGUCGCCCAUGGACUUCAGCAAUGCCAAAAUGAGGAAACAAAUACCAUUUUAAUCGAUAUAUACUAUCUAAUUUUAUGUCUCCUAUGAAGCGAACAGCCCUGUGUACAAUGUGGGAAUUGCACGGAAAUUUCCAGCCCUUGACCUACGCGAAUAGUUCCCAUGGUAAUCACUUAGUAGCCAAGUAAUUGGAAAGGCGGGUCGCAGGGCGGGCGGCGCACCGGUUGACGCUAGAAACUGGCGGAUGAAAGGCAGUUUUCAUAGAAUUGCAAAACGCGUAGAGGAGACUACACUACUUUGUUUGUCAGUGCUUAUUUUUAUAAUCUGUUACUGAAAGUUUGUGUCCGUGAUCAAUUUCAGGGUACCGGUAAAAACGUCUGUCAUAAACAUGUGUGAAAAUUUCGUAAAUGAAUUCCUUGCUUGAGAGCAAUACCUUUAUGUAAACUGCGUUCAUAAUGUAAUGAUAAAUGUAUGUGUAAAUACCUUUUUUUAUUUUUUAUGUAAAUAAAAUUACGAACAUGUUUGUUCUUAUACUUUGUUCGGAAUAAAUAAAUAAAUGUGGUAUCAG